GAUGUGAGAUUCAGUGUUGAGAUAGCAAAAUUCUGCCCCUCGCUCUCUGGCAGGGCCCUAUGAUUUAUGCAGGAGCAGAGGCAGCACGCAAUCCAGCUGUCAAGAGAGCGUCAGCUUAUUAGGCAAAUGCUGCGUGCUUUCUGAAGAGGGUCGACGCUAUAAAAUCCCACUCCAGGCUCUGGUGUGGAAAAACCGGGAGCCCAAGUCUCUUGAGAGACUGAAGGGAAAGAGGAGAGAGAGAUCGAGAAAAAGAGACGGGGAACAGGAAGGAGAAGGGACGAAAAGCUCCAGAGAAAGCCCCGGAGACGUCUCUGCAGAGAGGCGCAGCCCGGCUCACCUGCAGCGCCCGGGAAGCAAGCGCCCCUAACAUGCGGCUGCCGCUCCUGGUGUCCGCGGGCGCGCUGCUGGUGGCCCUGCUGCUCUGCCCGCCAUGCAGGGCCCUCCUCACCAGGGGGCCGGUCCCAGCAGCCCGACAGGCUGCGCAGUCCCCGCAGCCCCUGGAUUUCUUCCAGCCGCCGCAGUCCGAGCAGCCCCAGCAGCCGCAGCCUCGGCCGAUCCUGCUGCGCAUGGGAGAGGAAUACUUCCUCCGCCUGGGCAACCUCAACAAGAGCCCCGCGGCUCCCCUGUCGCCCGCCUCCUCGCUCCUCACCAGCGGCAGCCGCCCCUCGCCAGACCAGGCGGCCGCCAACUUUUUCCGCGUGUUGCUGCAGCAGCUGCUGCUGCCUCGGCGCUCGCUCGACAGCCCCGCGGGUCCCGCGGAGCGCGGCGCCGACAGCGCCCUCGGUGGCCACCAGGAGGCACCCGAGAGGGAGCGGCGGUCCGAGGAGCCGCCCAUCUCCCUGGAUCUCACCUUCCACCUGCUGCGGGAAGUCUUGGAAAUGGCCAGGGCGGAGCAGUUAGCACAGCAAGCUCACAGCAACAGGAAACUGAUGGAGAUUAUUGGAAAAUGAAAUGGUGCGUUUGGCCAAAAAAAUUCUGCAUUUAGCACAAAAAAAAAUUAAAAAAAAUUACACUAUUCUGUACCAUAACGCUGCUCUGAUACCAUUUGUUUAUUUUUAUAUAGCUUGAAACCUAGAGGAUGUACAGGAAGAGAGCCUAUUCCCCUUAAUUAGCAUGCACAAAGUGUAUUCAUGUGCAGUAACAACACUAUGUUACUCCUAUUGUCUACUUUUAGUUUCCAUUUGCAGAUGUCUUUUAUUGGUGUUUUAAAGAGAAUGUAGAUGGGGGGGGGGGACGUUUUGAAGAAGCAGACAGAAGUCACCCGAUUCUUUUUGCUGAGGUUUGAGUUGAAGAGAAUGCCAUUCUCUUGGGUGGGUAAGACAAGAUCUGUAAGCUCUUUCAAUCAACUUUUUCUUGUAAACGUUUCAGUAAUAAAACAUCUUUCCAAUCUUUGGUCAGUUUGGUUGUGUAAGAGAACGCUGAAUAUUUAUAUUUUUAAUAAAAGUUGCAAAGGUAA